CGGACCCUGCCCCUCAGUCCUCCCCAACAGGUUCUGAGCGCCCAGAAGUGGGGCCGGCGCGUCCAUGCAGAGUGUUCACUACCUGCCGCCUGUGGCCCUGCGCCCGCCACCCGGGGUGCCAGGGCUCCUGGGUCAGCGGCGCCACACCCUCCCUGCCAGUGAGUUUCGCUGCCUUACACCUGAGGAUGCCGCCGGCGUGUUCGAGAUCGAGCGUGAAGCCUUCGUCUCUGUCUCGGGCAUGUGCCCCCUGAACCUGGACGAGAUCCGGCACUUCCUCACCCUGUGUCCAGAGCUGUCCCUGGGCUGGUUCCAGGAGGGACGCCUGGUGGCCUUCAUCAUCGGCUCACUUUGGGACGAGGAGAGACUCACUCAGGAGUCACUGAUGCAGCACCGGCCCGGGGGCCACACGGCCCAUCUGCACGUGCUGGCCGUGCACCGCUCCUUCCGGCAGCAGGGCAAAGGCUCCGUCCUGCUGUGGCGGUACCUGUACCACCUGAGCGGCCAGCCAGCUGUGCGCCGGGCCGUGCUCAUGUGCGAGGACCGUCUGGUGCCCUUCUACGAGAAGCUCGGCUUCCACCCAGUGGGCCCCUGCGCGGUCACUGUGGGCCUGCUGUCCUUCACAGAGCUCCAGUGCUUCCUGCAGGGCCACACCUCCAUGAGGCGGCACAGCUGCUGAGCUGGCUGCCCAGGGCCCAGUGGCAGGCGGGGAGGCGGGCUGGGGCUCCUCUCCAGCCCCAACCCCCUGCCCUGGCCUCCCGAGCUCUGCAGAGGCUGUGAUUCCCAGGCAGGGGAGGGGUGAAAUAAAGAGAACAGGCCAGUUC